GUUUCCUCCCUUCUAUGCAGACAGCUAGGGCAAUAGGAGCUGCUGUCACAAGCUAGGGCCAUGGCCACAGCACCCGGGGAGCGGCUGCAGGAGGAGGCACGGUGCUCAGUGUGCCUGGACUUCCUGCAGGAGCCCAUCAGCGUUGACUGUGGUCACAGCUUCUGUCUGCGGUGCAUAUCUGAGCUCUGCGAGAAAUCGGACAGCGCUCAGGGAGUCUAUGCUUGUCCCCAGUGCAGGGGUCCCUUCAGGCCCUCCAGCUUCAGACCCAACCGGCAGCUGGCCAGCCUGGUGGACACCGUGCGGCAGCUGGGGCUGGGCACCGGACACGCGGGGUCGCGUCAGUGUUCGAGGCACGGUGAGGACCUGAGCCACUUCUGUGAAGAGGACCAAGCGAUGGUGUGCUGGGUCUGCGACACCAGCCCUGAGCACCGGAGCCACCGCACUGAGCCGCUGCAGGAGGCAGCCAGCCGCUACCAGAGGAUGCUCCAAGUGGCUUUGGAACUUGUGAAGAAGGAAAUGGAGGAGGCUCUGACCCAGGAGGCCAACGUGGGAAAGAAGACCAUCAUCUGGAAGGAGAAAGUGGAGAUGCAGAGACAACGUUUCAGGCUGGAGUUUGAGAAACACCGGGGCUUUCUGGCCCAGGAGGAGCAGCUGCAGCUGAGGCGACUGGAAGAGGAGGAGCGAGCAACCCUGCAGAGACUGCGUGACAGUAGGAACAGGCUGGCCCAACAGAACAAAGCCCUGAAGGAACUGGCUGAAGAGCUGGAGGAGAUGAGUCAGAGGCCAGCGGUAGCACUGCUGGAGGGAGCGAGAGGAGUCUUGACGCGAAGCGAAGCUAUGACCAGGCUGGAACCAGAGGCUGUCCCUAUGGAGCUGAAGACCGUGUGCCGCAUCCCUGGGAUGAGGGAGAUGCUGAGGAAGUUCCAAGGCCCUAUUUCUUCGUCUGUGACACAACUCCUCUUAUCUUGCCACCCAUGACAGAAGCAGGACCUGGAAACUGGACUUCCAGGGGUCUCCUUGAUUUUGCUGUUGCUGCCAGAAGUGAGGAAUACUAAAUCCACCCAGAAGUGCUGCUCUUCAGAGAGGCUCUGGAUAGAUUGGGGGGGGGGGGCUGUGCCCGCUUCCACAAACCACGUCAAUGCCCACUCUGCAGGACUAAUGAGUGGAUCCAGGGUGGUUCGCAUACUGAGGAACUACACGGAGUGGAUGACUCAGGAAAGGCAGCCUGCUCAUCAAACACUGUUGCCAGAGGUUUCAAAUUUUCUCGGUGCCUCUUCUCAGUGAAAAGCUAGAAUUAAAUGUUAUUCUCCUUGCGUCUACAACCCUCCAUACGGGGAGAUUUGGGAAUAUUAAUUCUAUUCAUUUCUGUUUAUGUUUACUUUUGAGACACAGGCUCCCUUUAUAGCCAAGGUUAUCCCUAAAACUCAGUGUCCUGGGUGCAGGUGUGUGCCACAAGGCUUGGCUUAGAAAUAAGGUUGCUUCAGAAUAACCUUAUUCUACUGAGGUCCAUAAUUAUUCAGAAUCUUUACUUCCUUUAUUUCUCUCUCUCUCUCUCUCUCUCUCUCUCUCUCUCUCUCUCUCUCUCUCUUCCCUUCCCUCUUCUCCCUCCUUCCCUCCCUUCUCUCACUGUUUUGUGUUGUUUCUAGUUAGUCUUGUUUCUACUUAGUCUUACAGUACUUGUAGAUUAAUACAUUUGGAAUCACUCCAAAUGUAGGUUUGUAUUUCCAGGCACUGUGUUCAAUAAUCUUUCCUGUUGUUGCUUAUUUAAAGAUUUUAUCCUUUUUAUGUGUACAAGUGCACAUGUCCGUGUGUAUGCUAUGUCACAGCUGUGCUGGCAGAGGUCAGAAGAGAGUGUCAGCUCCCUUCGAGAUGGAGUUACAGGUGUCUGUGAGCUGCCCAAAAUGUGCUGGGAAUGGAACAGAAGGCAGUUUUAAUCACUGAGCCAUCUCUCCAGUCCCAAACCCCUUUAUUCUGGAUCAGUUCUCAACGACUUUGAAAUCCAUUACUCUAAACCCAGUAUCCCCAAUUCUUAGAUCUUUUCUUUUUUCUUUAGAGUCAUUGUUUGUUUUAAACUAUUUUUUAAAGAGAUUUAUGUGUAUAAGUGUUUUGCUCCCAUGUAUGUUAAUUCAUCACGUGUGUGCAAUGCCCCAGGUGGUCAGACUGGAGCAUCGGCUUCCCUUGAACUGGAGUUCUAAACAGUGAGUGGCAAGCCACCAUGUGGGUGCUGGGAACCAAACCCUGGUCCUUUGUAGGAGCAGCAAGUGCUGUUUGAUACUGAGCAAUCUCUCUAUCCUGGGUUAAAUUUUUAAAGGAAGCCCGUGCUCUCACAUUAGUGGUGGUGCCUCCUUGUCAUCCUCGCAUCAGGAAGACAGAGGCAGGACUUUGAGGGUGAUGUGGACACUCUAGCAAAAUCCUACCUCAAACAAACAAACAAACAAACAAUAAAACAAAAAACAAAAUAAAAAUCAAAAAACAAAACAAAACAGAAGACAAAAAGAAAAAGAAAGAAAGAAAGAAACAAAGAAGUCAGGGAAUGUAGCUUAGUUGUAAAAGCAUUUGGUUAUCUUAUUCGUCAUCCUGAAUUUAAUCUUCAACACCUAAACAGGCGAAAAUCUCUCAUUCUCUUAAACUUUUUUUCAGGAUUUAAUGGCUAAGUAACUGGCUUGAAGUCAGACUUCCAUUUACACUCUAUUCACUCACAGUGGUACAUCUUCUUGGUGUGGGGACAAUACGUGCUUGCUUUCUGCCUCUGCACAUGGUACUGGUUGUUAAGACCUCAAUCAAAUCACCCAGGCUGGACGUGGAUCCUAGGCAGGAAACACAGAUGACCUGUUGUAGUGUAAUGGAGACAUUCGAGGUUAUCACUGAUGAGAGGCCAGAACUUAUUUAAAUACUAUGUACAUAAAUGAUAUUGAUGUCUGAUUUAUUUCUACAGUAAAGUGUUCUGUGUUCUUUUUUAAUGAAACCCCUAAAGGUCACUGAAAGCCACUUCCUGUCACCUCUCUGUAUCUGUGUCUGCUAAAUAAGUCUUAAGCAAAUAAAUGUUAAAACGCCAAGUUCUGAACCUCCAA